AUGGCCGGCCCCGUAAGACAACCGAUUGAUCUCCCGGCGCUGGAGAAAUAUAUCGAUACGCAUGUUCCGGAAAUCACAACCCCGAUUGAGAUUAAACAGUUCGGCUUCGGACAAUCCAAUCCCACAUACCAGCUCCUGUCCUCCAAUGGUCGCAAAUACGUGAUGCGCAAGAAACCACCCGGAAAACUCGUUUCGAAGACGGCGCAUCAGGUCGAGCGCGAGUACCGCGUCAUCCACGCGUUGGAGAACACGGAUGUGCCGGUCCCGAAAACGUAUUGUUUGUGUGAGGAUGAGGGGGUCAUUGGGACGCCGUUUUAUAUUAUGGAGUUUUUGGAUGGGAGGAUUAUCGAGGAUCCGGGGAUGCCCGGGGUGGGUGAGGGGGAGAGGAGAGAGAUGUGGCACGAUGCCAUCCGCACUCUAGCCAAACUCCACCGUGUGGACAUCGCGCAAGCGGGACUGACGAGUUUCGGCAAAGCAAACGGAUUCUACGAUCGCCAGAUCAAAACGUUUGGCACCAUCAGUGCGGCGCAAGCGUCGACGGUGGAUAUCGAGACGCAGAAACCCGUGGGCCCGAUCCCGCAUAUCGAGGAGAUCUUGGGAUUCUUCAGAGAUAAGAGAUAUCAACCGCGCGAUCGAGGGACUCUCGUGCAUGGAGAUUAUAAAAUUGAUAAUCUCGUCUUUCAUAAGACCGAACCGAGGGUUAUUGGCAUUCUGGACUGGGAAAUGUCCACCAUCGGGCACCCCCUCUCAGAUCUCGUCAACAUCCUCUCCCCCCACAGCGUACGGCACGAAGAAAAAUUCGCCUCGCUCCCCCAAUUCCGCGACGCGGACAUCCCCGGUCUGCCCGCGCAAGCGGAGCUCAUCGCCUGGUAUCGGGACACGGCAGGCUGGGAUCCGGAGCCCGAUUUAUCGUGGGGCGUCGCCUUUGGUUUCUUUAGGAAUACGUGUAUUUAUCAGGGUAUUGCAGCGCGGUGGGCGGUGAGGCAGGCGAGUAGUGCGAAGGCGGAGGUGCAUGCGUUGGCGAGGUGGCCGAUGGGGGAGUUGUGUUGGAAGUUUGUGGGGUUGGCGAGGAGGGGGAGGGAGGAGGGGGAGAGGGAGGGGGAGAAGGCGAAGUUGUAG